AUGCAAUUCGAGCCCGAGGAAAGCGGCGAAGAGCGCCGUCGACGGCAGAGGGACUAUCAUGCGUUUCUCGACGCUCAAGUCGAGGCUCGCAGUAGGAAGCCCGCUCCAGAGGAUGACCGGACAGACCCCGCAGGCAACCCCCGGCUCCCGGUCCUCCCGCUUUCGGCAAGGUUGAAGUACCAGCCUAGCCCCGGAUCCUAUGGCGCGGAUUCUUUCACAAACUUUGCACGGCCGAAUGGGAAGGGCCCGGCGGUGGGCGAUGGUAGCGGGUGCGGAGUGAGAGGGACGGAUCAUCGGGCGGAAAUCGCUAUCCGUGAGGAGCACGUCAACCGCAUAGAGCAAAGACUCGAGGAAGAGGUUCAGCGGAGACACCUCGUCGAGCGGAAUCUAGCAGCCCUUGGUCAGAAGCUGGAGAACUGGAUGUCGGACUCUACGGUCAGCUUGAAGUCGCUUGGCGCCAGGGACGAGGUCGUCACGAAGGUGCAAGAGAUGACCCAGCAGCAGGUCAAGGCUCUUGAGGAGGAGGCACGCACCAGAAUACAGGCCGAUGAGACGAGGUCUUCUCGGUUUCGCCAAGCGGUUGAACGUGUGUCUGGUGACGUGGAGAACCUUGCCCGUAAGCUAGAAGCUGAGGAUAACGGCACUCUUCAACGAGUAGCGAAGUUUGAGGCUGCGUUCAAGGGAGAAGCGAAGGGUGCGAGAGAAGCGACCAAGCAGCUGGUAGCCCAGGUCCAGGCGUUGGACGCAGACGUUGCUGGGUCGGAAAGGAAAAUGAGCUCGCUGUUGCAAUCGUUGCGGCAGAUCGAAAGCCGGCAACGCGAGCAACUUUCGGUCGCAGCAGAAGCAAGAAAAGCAACAGAUGGGACGGAGCAGUUGCGCGAGCAAGUCCGUACAUUGAGCGCAGCGGUGUCUGGGUCGGACAGUAAGAUGAACUCGCUCCUUCAGGCGCUUCAGGCGCUUGAAAAACGGCAGCAAGAUCAGCACUCUGUUGGGAACGCGAGAAAAGAGGAGAAGGUGUCGAAACAGCAAAUUCAGGAGUCGUUGAUGGCCGCUACGAGCGUCAAGCUAGAUCUUUUGAGGUCGUCUCUCGCUGAUGAGCUGUCCGGUAUGAUGGGAGACAUCGCAAAGCGAGCUGUGGAAAGCACCAACGUGCCACAGCUGAUGGCAGCCCUACGAGGUCGAGUGGAGCAUACAGAGGAGCGACUGAACAACAUGGCAGACAAAAGUUUCAGGGCCAUGGAAGAUGAGCUUUCCGGUGUACGCACUGAGGUGACACGGCUAGAGGGUCGAAUCGAUACCGGCCCAAUCGCCGCUGGGCUGAAGGUCUUAUCUGUCAGCACAAAGGAAGCGCAAGCUGCAACCCAGAGUCAACUGACGGAGCUCCAGGAUGCUCUAUCGGCUGAGAUAACCGCCAGAAGGCGAAACGCCGUUCGACUAGCCGAGGCCCAGGCGGCAACGAAGGAGGGAGGGCGGGAGAGCGCAGUUCAGGCAGCGUCAGGACUGCGUGCACGAUGUCUAGAGCUCGAGGAGCUGGUCGCCCGCUUGACACGAGAUAUCAAGACCGCGCAGGAAGAUAUCUCAUCGCAGACGCAGACCCAGCUCGCUGCAUCCCAAGAGCACAACUCCCGUGCUGUUGGGAAGCUCGAAGAGAGCUUGGCAGGGAUAAGGAUGCAAAUGGCCCAACAGGUCUCUGAUGGAGAUCGGAACAUCGCUAGAGUGACCGCAAGAGUGGACGAGCUCGAAGGGGUUAUCACCACAAACAAAGACCUGUUGCGAGAGGCGGAAGAGAGAGCUCGAAACGGUCUUGCGGCAAUGGAGGCAAAGCGUCAGGAGCAAGCCAAGCAGUUCGCCGACAAGAUAGCCGGCGUCGAGUCGGAGGAGAUGGCACGGAUACAGGCGAUAGAGCUAGCCAUGGCAGAACAAGGGAACACCCUCAAGGAAGCCUUCGAGACCGGCCACCGCACGAACAAAAGGCGUUCCGACGAGAUCUACGCGGAGGUGAAGCGUUUGGAGGGCAGCUUGAGGACGGCGCUGGCGGAUGCUCAGGAGGAUGAGUCGGAGAGGGUUAAUUCUCUACUCCACCAAGCCCAAGAGCAGAUACUUCGAGAGAAAAUAACUGCCGAGGAGACCGCUCGUAUUGACGGAGUGCAGGACCUACACCGAGACUUAUCUAGGGCAACAGAAGCUUCGUACUCGCGCACGCGGCUGUGGGCAGAAGACCAGCUGCGAAAAGAACGCGCGGCAAUGGAAGAGUCCUUGGAGCGCACUCAAGCGCAGAGCGGGAUGAUCCGCACCCUACUCGACGAAGCUGUGAAGGCCGUGUCGAAGGAGCUGGAUAUCUUGAGGGCGGAAUCUCGCGAUAGGAACCUGGCGCUUGAGGAGGUGCUUGACGAGCGAGCGUCGGGGCUGGAGGAAAGGAUCACCGAGAUCGACAACGGAUCGGCGAAAAAACGGCGAGUGAACGAGCUGACCAGAGAAACUGGGGCGCGGAUCGGUGAGGUCGAGCGGCGGGUCCGCCAGGCCGAGAAAGAACUCAAGGAAGAGCUAGAAGUCAAGCUAGCGGUUUCGUCGAUGGUGUGUUCAGUUGCGGACAAGGCAUCAACGCAAAGGCUAGAGCAGAGCUCUUUGGAAGUAGUGCGACUGGAGGAGGUGCGCAAGGCUGGUGCAAUGGAAAACGAGGCGAGCCUGAAGGCGGAGCUGGCGAAGACAAACGCCGUUGUUGCAAGCUUGAAGGCCGACAUAGGUGUUGCCAGGGCAUGGCAGACGGGCGUGGACAACCUCGAAGUGAAACUGAUGGCGCGCAUUGAAGAACUUCGAGCCAUGGCCGAGGCGGCAGAGUCAGCCGCAGCAAUUGCGAAGGCCGAUGCCUCUGCCGCGCUCGAAGCCGAAGCUAAGCACACCUCCGAGGAUACCAGCAGCAGCGUUACUAGGAAUGAUCUUGAAGUAAAAACUCUCCGUGGCACGGAACCACUAGACGUCGAAGGGGCAGCGAAGGCUCAAGGGCAGCUGGGCAAGAAAGGGUUGACGAAGAAGGCAAUGGACUUCGCCGCCAUGAACGACGAGCUCGAGGCCGACGAGAAGAGCUCCACCCAAUCCUCUUCAUCCAGUAGACCAGAUGAAUCCGAUGCGAAAGAGGAUGACGACAAUACCAACCGCAACGAUGACGCAUCAAACUUAAAUCCCCGGGUAAGCGACAUUGAGAAGGAGCUGGUCCAGCUGAAGCAGCGGUUGGAAGAAGGAAUUGCGGAGAUGGAUGCCCUCAGGCAAGAGAUUCUCGGCGCGGGGUCAGCAGUCAGAACUCCCGUUGACCCUGAAAGAGGAACGAGCGCUUCUCCCCAGCCCAGCUCACAAAGGGACGCUAGUUCAUCCCAAGAGGGCACCAAUGGUGAUCGCCAAGACGCGGUGGGUGAACGCCGUCGAUCGCGCAGAGUCGCUGAUCAAGACCAGGAAGGGGUCAAAAGAGCGGGCGAUGAAGUACAGCAACCAAGGCGUCGAGAUAGCAGGGCGCGCUCUGCGACAGAGGUGACAGAUGGGAACGACGCGCCGACCUCCUCGGGCUCGGACGUUGACAGUAGAAGUAGACAAGGAGCAGAAAACCCAGAUGAGGAAAGACAGGUCAGCAGCAAAGAACCUUCGUCGCCGGGAGCAGCACACAUCCGCAACAGGGUACCUUCCUCGCAGACAUCGCGUGCGAGCUAUACCCCCCCCUUGUCGCCAACAUCGGCCGCCAGCUACACACCACCGAUUUCACCAAAAUCGGAUGGCUCAGGCACUACAGGGCGGAGGACGGACGCAUCAAGGAGCCAAAGCGAACGUCAAACCGAGGCUAGUGGGUCGGAAAAUGAGGCCAGUGGUAGCGACAGGGGAAGCCAAAGUGAUAGUGAAAGCGAAGGAGGUCGUUCCCGUCAGAGCUCUGCGGACCAAGGAGAUCAGGCUUCGAGGCGAGAAGAAGAGGGUUCUGCAGGCCAGGAGUCUGACGAGGCUAGAGACAGGGGCGUCGACGGCUCAUCCUCGAGGGGCUCUGAAACAGCGUCCAACGCCUCGGAAGAGGAUGGUAGCAGCGGGGUGGACGACGAUGGCCGCGGCUCCGAGCGAGGCACGGAGGAUGCCCGAAGUCGAGGCAGCGGAGGGGGUAGCGACGAGGAAGCCGCGUCUGAGAGCGGUUCGGUGUCGGGGUCCGACCGUUCGGGCGAAACACGGGAUCGUAGCGCGAGUGACGACGGUACAGGGUCAGCGUCUGGCAAGGAUAGUGGUCAAGGUUCCCAGGACGGCCGAGAUUUAUCGCCAGCGAGAUCGUCCGGAGGAACAUCAGAAGCAUCCGAUGAAGACACCGAAGGCAGUUCCACCCCGAGAAGAUCAGAGAGGAGUAAUAGCAGUGGGACCGUAGGCGAAGGGGAGGACGACGAGCGUUCGGAAUCGUCGAGAUCGAAGGCUGGCAAGACAAGAUCGCGAAGUCGGAGUUCAAGCAGCGACUAG